CUUUUUUCUAUCUUUUCUCACUUCUCAUCUUUUUUUUUUGUGGUACCUGUAUUCCAUAUGAGCGAACCACUUCUGAAAGAUAUACAUGAAGAGACACAAUAUGAUGACAAUGAGGAAGAAUCCAUCGGUUUGCCUCCACAACAAAGACCAAGGAAUAUCAUAAACGCAUGCAUUUACAACCGGCUUGUAUUAGCAAGUGUUAUAUGCGCAGUGGUGCUCAUAAGUAUUACUGUCGCUGCCAUGGCCACACCCAUGAAUAUGAGUGCGUGGAAAGAACGCAAGCGCAACAUCUACAGGCCACGUAAUAUUAUUAUGAUGAUCAGCGAUGGAUUAGGACCUGCAUCGGUCUCUUUUGCCAGGACAUACUAUCAAUACGUCAACAAUCUCACAUACGAUCACCCUUUACCACUGGACACUAUUCACGUUGGCCAAUCUCGUACACGCAGUAGCAGUACGCUAGUAACAGAUAGCGCUGCUGGAGCUACCGCAUAUAGUUGUGGUAUCAAAACAUACAAUGGAGCCGUGGGAGUGGAUCCGCAGGGACAGCCUUGUGGCACCUUGUUAGAGUCAGCGAAACAUCGCCAUAAUAUGAAAACCGGACUAGUAGCAACAUCACGUAUUACUCACGCUACACCCGCCUCGUUUUCGGCACAUGUGAAAGAUCGUGAUGACGAAAACGCCAUCGCACUACAACAGCUUGGAGAAAACCCGUUAGGACGCAGUGUGGAUCUCAUGUUCGGAGGUGGCGUGUGCCAGUUUUUACCUAAAAACAGGCAAGGUUGUCGGAGCGACGGGCGUGACUUGCUGACUGAAGCGCAACAAAAGUACGGCUGGAAAACAGUAUUGCACUCUAACCGUACAGCAUUCGAUCAGUUGCCCACUUCGGGUGAUAUAUUACCAACCAUGGCUCUCUUCAGUUCAGAGCACAUGUCAUAUGAAAUAGAUCGCAAAUCAGAAGAGGAACCAAGCUUGACAGAAAUGUCAGAUAAAGCGCUGAAAAUAUUAUCAGAUGCCACCAAAGGAUCGGAUACUGGAUUUUUUUUGAUGAUCGAAGGCAGUCGAAUAGAUAUGGCUGCACACUCAAACGAUGCUGCCACUCAUUUACACGAUAUUCUCGAAUAUCAAAACGUGAUUCAACUCGUAAAACAGUUUGUCGAUGAGCACCCGGAUACAAUGCUGAUUUCUACCAGCGAUCACGAAACGGGUGGACUAUCAUUGGCUAGACAAGUUUCACCGAAAUAUCCAAAGUAUCUCUGGUAUCCGGAUGUACUCACCCGCGUCAAGCAGUCUUCGAUCGCUCUGGCUGAACAGAUCAUGCGUGAACGAAAGUUGGACGACCGUCAAUAUUUGCAAUCGAUCCUUCGCACUGAACUUGGCAUUGAUGACUUUACCGAACAGGAAAUGCAAACUCUAAUGAAACAAAAGUCCACCAAAUCUCUAGAUCAAUACCUCGCAGAUAUGGUGUCUGUCCGAGCUCAGUUAGGGUGGGCAACGCAUGGUCACAGUGCCGUCGAUGUUAAUCUGUAUGCAUACGGUCGAGGUUCUGAAGCGUUGCAUGGAAAUCUCGAAAACACCUAUAUCGGAAACUUUAUCGCCGACAAGCUUGACCUAGAUCUCCAAGACUUGACCAAAAAACUCAACAGUAACAAUCCAUCGUUUCAUCUCACCCAGCUUGAUGACCGAGAGAAACUAAAGUACAAUGAGCACUUGGACCAUUACCUCCAUCACCCCCAGUUAUUACAUCAUUUAUCAUUCGCAUAAAAAAAAUUUUGACAGCGAAUACCGAGCGCUCAUUGAUACUUCGGUUUUCUUUACUUUUUAUGUUUCAUCCAUUCAUCGCACAUUGACGGGCCAGAGCAUCCCGAUUAUACGGGAUACGUGACUCAACGGCGCGCUGUAGAUGCAUGAGGAUUUUUAAAAACGAAG